AUGCCAGUAUAUAUCAAAUUUCCUUCAGGAGAUGCACUGGAAGCAGUUGUUCAUGGCUUCCAGCAGUUAUUCAAUAUUUCUCCAUGUGCAGGAGCCAUUGAUGGAAGUCAUAUACCAAUUACUCCACCUGUGUUGAAUCACACCGACUAUUAUAAUAGAAAAGGAUGGUAUUCUGUUAUUCUUCAAGCUGUUGUUGACCAUCAAUACCUGUUUCGUGACAUUAACGUUAGCUGGCCAGGAAGUGUGCAUGAUGCUAGAGUGUUGGCUCAUUCUGCGUUAUUCAGGAAGGCAGAAGAAGGGACGAUUUUAAAUGGACAAAGCAAACAAAUUGAAGGGUGCACCAUACCAGUAUUUCUUAUCGGAGAUUCUGCAUACCCUUUGCUCAAGUGGCUCAUCAAACCUUACCCUGAAAAUGAUCACAUGACAGAACAACGCAGGAACUUCAACUACCAACUUUCUAGAGCUAGAAUUGUGGUUGAAAAUGCUUUUGGACGCUUGAAGGCCCGCUGGAGGCGACUCAUGAAGAAGAAUGACAUGAAUGUUAAAAUUGUCCAUCACGUUAUAGCUGCUUGCUGCGUGUUACACAACUUGUGUGAAAUACAUGGGGAGUUUUUGAUGACAACUGGAUCAGUGGGGAUGAAAACGAACUGCAAUAGCCAGCCGUUCAAGCGCCCGCAGGUGCACAUGCUACCAUUGCCGAACCAAUUGCAAUUAGAGACGCUCUUGUCAGAAGUUUCGUAA